AUGCCUUCCUCCAAGGCCUUAGUGGUGGUGACUAGCCUCUGGUUGCUGAUUCUCAAUAUUGAAGCUGCCCCUAGUUUUGUCUAUCGUACAUGCAUUAACACAACCACUUACACUCCCAAUAGCACUUUUCAAUCUAAUCUCAAUCUCCUCCUCUCUGUUCUUUCUUCUAACAGUACACAAAAAUGGUUUUAUAAUGCAAGCGUCGGCGAUGAUGUUUCUAGUACGGCUUAUGGUCUGUUUCUCUGUCGAGGCGAUGUUACAAUUGAAGUUUGUAAUGACUGUGUGGUGAGUGCUGGGAAAGAUAUAGUCCAGAGGUGCCCUAGAGAGAAAGUGGCAUAUAUUUGGUAUGAUGAGUGCAUGUUGCGUUAUAACAACGAUGAGUUACCUAGGGAAUAUCAGUGGGAUGGAAAUGAUGUCACGGAACCUAAUCGCUUCGCGCAAGUGCUGGGAGGUAUUAUGGAUGGCUUAGCAACUCAAGCAUCAAGCGAUCAACCUUUGGAUGAUCAAAAUGUUACCAG